AAGCGACGGGCAGCAGGAGACUGUGGAGACUGCCGCGUCCUCAGGGCAAAGAAGGCACAAAUGGAAGCAGAGCCGAAGAAGAGAAGGCAGACGGAGACUGAAGGAAGAGAAAGGAGAUCAUGCAGUGGACAGAGGAAGGGGAGAAGAGGUAGCAGAAGAAACGGAGAAAAAGAAGGAAGAAGAAGCAGGGAAAGAAGAAGAGUGCUGGAAUGCUUUUGUUGCAAACUUUCUCAUCGUCAAAAACGCAUGCUAGAGGAAGAAGGACAUGUAGAUGAUCCAUACCUCCUCAGAGAUUCCUGGACCCCACUGAUACGUUUUUUAUCUUUCUCGUCUAUUCGCGCAUUCUCUCCGUCGGACUUCUUCUCAGUUCUUCUUUUUCUCCUCUUCCAUCCUUUCUCCCUGGCUCUUCUAUAUCAGCUGCUUUUCCGUGUACAAUCUACAGUGAAGGCGCGUCCUGCCAUGUUCCUUUCCGUUGUUCCUGGAUUGACAACAGAAAGUACGAAGGAUGAACGAACUCCGGUUUCUUUUUUAUACUUUCUUCCAGGUACGCUGGGAGAACUGGAACUCGUUGACAGAGAACUGCGCCUCUCCCGGGGACGCUCGCGAGAGCGAUCUUUCUGUCUCUUGCUCCUGUGUGCUAGCCAAGACACCUGGAGCAAUCUCGCACGACGUCGGUAGUUCUGCCUUUCUCCUAAGAAAGUGACAUUUCUGCGGGUGAGAAUUGUUCAGCCGAGAGAGGCGUGGAGGGCGGAUGCAUUUCACUUUGUUCUCGCUCGUUCUCUUCACUUUUCUCUCUGUUUUGAGGUGUGCUGCCGCGAAAAGCUGCGGCACCGCGCGGCGGUGUUUCUCGAGACAAAAAUCCAGGCGAAAGACCCGCGGAAAGAACGAUCCCGGCCUUCCUGACGUUUCCGCGUGGAUAUCUGCAGUCGUAGCAGUCCACUAAAAAGAAUAUUCGUAGAUAAAUCCCCCUCUCUACUCCGCUGCCUGCUUGGGGGACGGACCUCCUCAGUGUGCUCACACUCAGGCCCCGCUGACGCACAUCUGCCAAGCUUUUUCUUGGACGCAUCGCUGCGGCGGCAAAGUUGCGAGUCCUUUUUUGCGAAAGGAAACAACAAAGUCACCAGAGAGAGACUGUGUCGGAGAAGAGGCGUCCACCACGCGAGGGCAUUCACCCUCUCAAAAUGCAGAAAAACCUGGUGAGAGAGAGGACGCGACUUCGAGAGGAGCGAGCUCUGUGCACUCUUGUCGCGGGCGGAUGCUCAGGUGGACAGAAACACCGGAAGAUCGAGGUCGCGCGAAACGAGACUCUUUCACAGGUCAAAGGAGGACUCUGAGAAGACGCAGGAAAACUGCAGGAAGACGGAGGUCAGCCGCCUUGUAGCAAAAAAGCGAUGCGACAGCUAGGGUAGGCCCCCUGAGCUCUCUUUGGUGAAUGCGUUUCUCCCAGUCUCGCUUAGGUGUGUAUCUAUACCGC